CUCUUCGUCCACAUCAUUGUUCGAGAUUUCUUGUGUUUUGUGAAGAGAGCCAGAAAAAUGAGUGGAUUUAGUAAUCUUAAGGACAUCAUUGUACGUUUUUACGAUGAAUAUACACAGACGACACCUUCAAGACUCAAGAUCAUCGAUGCUUACUUACUUUACAUCAUGUUUACGGGAAUUAUACAAUUUGGAUAUUGUUGUCUAGUUGGUACUUUUCCCUUCAACUCGUUUCUUUCUGGCUUUAUUUCAUGUGUAGGAUCUUUCGUCUUAGCAGUAUGCCUGAGAGUCCAGAGCAAUCCAGCCAACUUUGCUGAAUUCAAGGGAAUUUCUCCAGAAAGAGCCUUUGGUGACUUCAUAUUUGCAAGUGUCAUCCUCCAUCUUGUUGUGAUGAACUUCAUUGGCUAAAGAUCACAGGAUCAAGAGCAAGUCGACAGAGCAUAAUAGUCAUGGCUAGAUAAUGUUAUAAGAAUUUUACAUAGAAUACUUUUACAACCACCACUGUCAACAUUUGACUAUAAAAAUCAAUAAAAAAAAAUAUGUAUUUUA